AUGAUUAGAGAGCCAACAAAUAAAUACGCAUUUGUAGAAUUCUCAUCAAGUGAGGAGGCAAAAGUAGCUAUCGAACUUAGCGGAACAGAAAUUCUUGGUAAACAUUUGAAAAUAUCCCUAAGUCGUAGUCCAAUCUCUAAUCCAACACCUGUACAAUCAAAUCCAACUCAAAUUUCACCUACAGAUGAUAAUGCAACAAAAUAUCAAUUUCUUUCAGAAUCGGAAUUAAAGAGGAAGGCUGAGGAAGAUGAUAAAAUCAAGAGAACAAUUUAUGUAACAAGUAUUGAUACACAAAUAUUGGAAGCUCAAGUAUGUGAGUUCUUCUCAUACUGUGGCAGAAUUGUAAAUUACAGAGUAUGUGGAGACACUCAACAUCCAACAAGAUUUGCCUUUUUUGAAUUUGAACAGAAGGAAAGUGCACAAGCAGCUGUUUCCUUGUCUGGUCAAUUUCUUGGAAGAUAUGCCCUACGCAUUUUAGGAUCGAGGACACCAAUUCAGCCUACACCAGGUGCUGUUGGAAAUGGUGCUGUUUAUUCAUUUACUCCUGCCCAUCAUGAUCAAAUUAAUAGAACUGUUUAUGUAGGAAAUGCUGAUAUUUCAUUGACAGAAGAUGAUCUUAAAGAAUUUUUUGAUGCUAAUUGUGGUCCUGUUACUAAAGUUGUUUUGGCUGGAGAUGCAGUACAUAGUGCACGAUUUGCAUUUGUGGAAUUUUUACAUAUGGAAUCUAGAAACAAAGCUUUAGAAUGUUCUGGUACACUUCUUGGAAAUAGAAAUAUUCGUAUUAAUCCAUCUAGGACUCCAAUUUUGGGAGGAGGUAAAGCUUACGCGUCAACAGCUCCCUCAAUCAAUCCAGCAACUGGUACAGGUCAAUAUGCUGUAAACCAUUUAGCUCAAAGUUCUAAAUUCCCUCCAGUUGCACAAAUUACUGAUCCAUAUUAUAGUCAACCACAAUAUUCCUCUAAGACCAAAUCAACCAAGAAAAAAGAACCAACAUCGACGCUGGGAGCUCAUCAUAAACCUUUCACAGAUAUGACUGAAAAUGAUAAGAAACGAAGAAAGAAUGAUUGGUCGUCAAGUGAUGAAGAUUCUGACCAUGAACAUUCAGAAGAACGUAGACAAAGAAAGCUCAUGAAACAUGACCCAAUAGUUCCUGGCAUUAAUCCUUCAACUACCAACCUCAUUCCAACAACUCAUGAUACACUUCAUCAUCCUCAUCAACAUGUUGACAAUGAACAAAACCAUGAGAAUGGUGACUACUCGGAUCAUUAA